GGGGCCGCGGCCCUCCAGGAGCUGCAGGAGUACGUCCUCUUCCCGCUGCGCUUCGCCCUCAAGGUGCCGGGGCCCAAGCAGGAGCGCCUGGUGCAGAGCGUGCUGCAGUGCAUCUCCUCCGUCCUCGCGGCGACGUGCGUGAAGAAGCAGGAGCUCCUGCAGGAGCUUUUCUCUGAGCUCUGCACGUGCCUCGCUCCGCUGUCCGGCUCGAGCAAACCCGCCCCGCUGUCAGAGGAGCUGAAGCUGGCCGUAAUCCAGGCCCUCCACACCCUGAUGCAUUCAGCGUACGGGGAUGUCAUCUUGUCCCUGUAUCAACCUUCCACCCUCCCCCUCUUAGGAUUUGCUGUGUCUUUGCUUCUAGGCCUAGCAGAGCAAGAAAAAGCAAAGCAAAUUAAGAUCUCUGCUUUGAAGUGCCUGCAGGUCCUAGUUCUGCAGUGUGACUGCCAGGAGCAUCGGCACCUGGACGAGGACGAGGCACAGCAGUGCGGGGAUUUGUUUGCUUCUUUUCUGCCUGGAAUUUCCAUUACGCUGUCUCGGGUUGUUACUGGAGACAUCAAACAAGGUCACAAAACCACCGUUUCUGCCAUCAGACUCUUUUAUCUGAUUGUUGGCUUGGUCAUGGCUGAUGGGCAGCUAGCCAGAGUUCCGAAGAAUAAAGAAAAGCUGCCAGCGGAACGAAGCAGAAUAACAGAACUAAUGGUCCAUAGAGGACCUGAUUGGAGUAAAAGUACUGCCGAAAAACUCUCUCUCCUCCUGCAUAAAAUGGUUGAAUUUUCUUCAGUUCACCCACACUGGAAAGUCAGACUGGAGCUGGUGGAGCUGGUCCACCACUUACUGAGGAACUGCAGCCGGUCGCUGGUGGGCUCGUUCAGUCAUCUCUUAAAGGCCUUGGUUGGGCUGGUGACCGAUGAAAACAGCGAAGUCCAAAGCCGGUGUAACGAGGUUCUGCAGGGCAUUGCAGAGCAGAGGAUCGUGGCACAGAACAGGGCUCUUGCUGACGUCCUCUCCGAGAACCUCCAUUCCCUUGCCACAGCUCUUCCUCGCCUGAUGAACUCUGAGGAUGACAUGGGCAAGUUUUCCACUUUGAGCUUGUUGCUUGGCUAUUUGAAGCUGCUGGGCCCCAAGAUUAACAUCGUCCUCAACUCCGUAUCCCACCUCCACCGUCUGUCCAAGGCGCUGAUGCAGGUUCUGGAGCUGGACGUGACAGACGUGAAGAUAGUGGAAGACAGACGCUGGGGCUGCGAGAGCGCCUGCGGGCCUUCGGGCUCCUUGCAGCACGGUGUGCUGAAGGGCGGAUGCCAGAAGAAAUACUUCCGCUUCUUCACGGAGGAGAAAGUUUUCCGGCUCCUUCAGCAAGUUUGUCGCGUUCUUGGCUACUACGGGAACCUCUAUUUGCUCGUGGACCACUUCAUGGGGCUGUACGGAGAAUCUGCCCUGUACCGAAAGCAGGCAGCCAUGGUCCUCAAUGAGCUGAUCGCAGGAGCUGCUGGAGUGGGAGUGGAUGUCCUUCAGGAAAGGGAAGAUUCGCUGAACAUGGAUGAUCUCAAAGCGUCCGUAACGUCCAUUCUCGACGAGUACACAGACCAGGCGAACUGGUAUUUGAUCACCAGCAUUGAUACAGAAGAAAUCAGCCAGGAGCAGUCUGUGCAACGUUCAGGACUCACUGCCCGUCCGGGAGGCGCGUGCAACGGCCUUCUCCUUCCGUCCCCAGAGCCGCAGGUAACGACCCGCACUAUGAACAGCAACAUCUGGCAGAUCUGCAUCCAGCUGGAAGGCGUCGGCUGCUUCGCUGCUGCCCUCGGGAAGGAGUUCCGGUUGCUUCUGCUGUCAGCUCUCUACCCUGUGUUGGAAAAGGCUGGUGACAAGACUCUGCUCAUCAGCGAGACGGCGCUGGGGACGCUGGUAGACAUAUGCGAGGCCUGCGGUUAUGACUCUGUGCGGUCUUUGAUUAAUGAGAAUUCUGACUAUCUGGUGAACGGGAUUUCCCUGAAUUUGCGCCAGCUGGCACAUCAGCCACACGCUUCCCAGGUCCUGGACACCAUGCUCCGACAUUCCGAUGCCAGCUUGCUGCCUCUGGUAGAAGACGUUAUCCAGGACGUCUUGUCGGCACUAGAUCAGUCUUACAGUAGCCAGGCUUCCACUUUCCUCCGGGUCCUCCACUCAGUGAUGGCAGCUUUAGUCCAGUGGUUUGGACCGUCCUGCGGUGAGGAACACCAGCAAAGGCCGACUGCCGAGCAGCGGAGCAGGACUUUGUCCCAGGGGCAGCAGGUGGUGACAAAGCAAGAAGUGGAGCAAUUCUUCCUCGACUAUGUCAGACAGAAGCAGAUCGCAGAGGGCAAUCUUCCUGACCCAGGGGAUGAGGAGGCAGAUGAGGUUCCCCCCCUUGCUAAGAUGGAGCCAAACAACCCCGACACAGGAGAAGCACCACUGCCAGCCCAUGCUCAGCUGGCCAAAGACGUGAUGGAGAGGUGCAUCCACUUGCUGUCUGACGGGAACCUCCGAGUGCGGCUGAAGGUCCUGGACGUGCUGGAGCUCUGCGUGACUGUGCUGCAUCCUCACGGAAACCAUCUGCUCCCCAUGGCUCAUCGUGUCUGGCCAGCUCUCGUCACCCGGCUGAUCAGCGAUGACCCCCUGGCAGUGCUCAGAGCCUUCAAGGUGCUGUGUACCCUGGCUGAACGGUGUGGGGACUUUCUGAGGCAGAGGUUCUCCAAGGAUGUCCUGCCUAAGCUGACCAGUUCCCUCCUCAGCCAGGCCCCAGCAAGUGCCAGAGCCGGGCCGGUGUACAACCACACGCUUGCCUUCAAGCUGCAGCUGGCUGUGUUGCAGGGACUGGGCUCUCUGUGCGAGAAGUUGGACAUGGGCGAGAGUGACCUGAAUAAAGUGGCAGAUGCCUGCCUGAUUUACCUCAGUGCCAAGCAACCCAUGAAGCUGCAAGAAGCUGCCCAGAG